AUGAAGCGAAGUGUGUCUCUUCAGUUGCUUUUGAAUAAGUGGCCUGGAAAAAAGUAUUUCGGAAUUUACAGGUUUUUACCACUAUUUUUCGUCCUAGGAGCCGCAUUAGAGUUUUCUAUGAUCAACUGGCAAGUCGGUGAAACAAAUUUCUAUAAAGUGUACAAACGCAGACAAGCGAAAAUUUUGGUAGAAGAAUCCUCACAAUAGCAAAAUGCCGGCAGGUGUGUCAUGGUCUAGGUACCUCUCAUUCCUAGCCGCAGCGACAGUCACUAUGUUUGCAGGGGCCCAAACUGUCCACAUCUACUACAAACCAUUGAGCGACUUGGAUAAAUACAUUGAAGAAGAAAUGAAACGUCGGCACAAGUAGUUAUGGCAUAUUUUAUUUUAUAAAAUGUAAAAAAAAUGUUAUUACAUUGUGUGAAGAAUUUCA